GGGAGGAGGAGGUGGAGGAGCUGUCUUUGGGGAACCAGCAGGAGCCAGACCAUAUCAAUACACCAGCUCAGCUGCAGGAAGAGGAGGACCAGCAGGGCCCUACACUGGAGACAACAAAGGACCACACACAGCAGGCAGAGAGCAUCAUCGAAAACCUGCAGAGGAAGAUCACUUCACUAGAGGGCGCUAUCACCAAAGUGACACCUGAUAGCGAGUCGGCAGACACUGAACCAAUAGAACUUGAGACCCAGCUGAACCCCACAGUAGAGCAGAAUCAGGACCAGGACCUGCAGGCCUUACUGGACCAGUUGCACCAGGAGAGAGACAGUCUGAACAGACUGGUGCAGAAGCUCAGCCUCACAGAGAGAGAGCAGGUCCUGUACACAGAGCCAAGCGGCAGGGGGAAGCGUGGCUCUCGUCUGGACAGCUUCUUGCGGAGCGUGGAGGAGGAGAGGGACUACUACAGACAGGAAGCAGACAGCCUGAGGAGGAUGCUGAGGGGCAGGUGCUCCUGUAGCCCCUGUCGGGGGCACCUCCAGAGCCGCAGCCCCACCCGUCAGCCCCCUGUCAAGGGGGGCAGCUAUGACUCUGAGCUGAUGAGGGUCUUGAGAGAGCGGGACGAGAUGCAGAACAUGCUUGAUAAGUAUGAGCGCCACCUGUCAGAGAUCCAGGCCAACGUGAAAGUUCUGACUGCCGACAGAGACAAGACCAGCAUGCACUACCAGCAGGCCCAGCAGGAGAUAGCGUCGCUGCGUCGCGAGGUGCUGAAAUCCAAGUCGUCGCGCGCAGCUAAGAGCAGUGUCACCGUGUCAGCUCAGAGCAUCCUGAAGCGCGUGGAGGCGGAGAGAGACGUGGCCACGGUCGACCUCCACCGAAUGAGCACAGAGAGGGACAGUCUGAGGGAGAGACUCAAGAUCUCUCAGGAGACAGCCAUCAGUGAGAGGGCUCAUCUGGAGCAGAGGGUGGAGGACCUGCAGACAGCCAUUCUCACUCUGGAGCAUGAGCGAGGGGACCAGAAGAGCCGUCUUGCCCUGAUGAGGGAGUCCAUGAUGGGGCUUGAGGAGGAGGUCCACACCCUGGGCAGGAAGCUGACCGCUGCUGAGGACGAACACAGCAGGACCAGGAACGAGUGUGUCAUGCUGAGACUGUCCAACGGUGAGACACAGAACGCCCUGAGUGACAGCCAGCGCAGACUGACCUCCCGCAUCGGAGAACUACAGAACUCCCAGGAGAGGAACAAACGGCUGGACGAGAAGAACGACUCUCUACUGAGGCAGGUGUCUGGUCUAAGAGAGGAGGUGAGCGGUCUACAGUCCACCAUCACUGACCUGGACCAGAGGAGAGACUCUCUGCAGGAGCAGCUGGAGAACAAGACUGACCUCCUCAAUUCAGCCCACAACCAGCUGGACGACAAAGAGAAAACCAUCAGGAAUCUGAGGUUGACCAUUGAGGAUCUGGAGACAUCAGCAGAGAGUGUUCGUGAGGCGCUGGCAGGGCGGGAGCGGGAGCUGGAGGCUUUGAGGAGGAGGCUGGGGGAUGCGGGGGAGGAGCUGGGGGCUUUGGCCAAGGUGAAGGAUGCCACCCUAAGGGAGAAUGCUCAGCUCCGAGAGGAACUGGACAAGAGCCGUCUCAACAACCAGGCCCUGGAGCUGAAGUCUGAGGACUCUGCCCAGGAGGUGCAGGAGCUGCAGAGGAAGGUACAGGACUAUGUGUCUGACGUCUCCCGCAUCGAGAACCUGCUGUCCUCCAAGCGGCAAUCAACGUUUUCAGACUGGAGUUGGGAGCGGGAGUGCAGGGAGCACCAGGAGGCUCGGCGGCGUGGCUCGGCCCAGGCCGAGAGCUGGGAGGGGCAGGCGCGGCAGGCGGAGGGGAGCAUCAGCGAGCUGAGGCUGGAGCUGAUGACCUCGGACACGGAGAGACGCAGACUCAGGGAGAAGGUGGAGGCUCUGGAGGCCAGUCUGCAGGAGGCGUUGUCUGCAGAGCGGAGCUGCAGCAGCCAGGUGUCCCAGCUCAACAGGAGUCUGCUGCACACCGAGGAGGAGCUGAGACAGGCCCAGGGGGAACACACCGCCACUCAGACUGACCUGGAGAAGACCAGGGAGCUCUGUGUCAAACUGGACGCCAGCAAGGAGGCUGUGCAGUGUGAGCUGGAUGCGUACCGCUCGGAGUUGGAGCUGCUCAGGAAGCAGCUGUCCAGUGAGCGUCUGAGCAUGAAGAGCCUGGAGUCCAUGCUGGUGGCCACCAGGGAGAAGGAGCUACACCGACAGCUCAGCUCCCAGGAGAGACACACCGAGAUCCAGCUGCUCAGGGACAAACUCACCGCGGCCGACAGCAAGGCGAGCUCUCAGAGUAGGGAGGUGGCUACAUUGAGUACUCGUUCGGCACAGCUAGAGGCUGACCUGGACAUGACCAAGAGACAGCUAUCCACUGAGCGGUUUGAGAGGGAGAGGGCAGUGCAGGAGCUGCGUCGUCAGGGUCUGUCAUCAUCGUCCUCUGGUCUGCAUCCCUCCUCCCCUCACCAGCGUCGCUCCCUCAGCCCCAGCAGGCCCCUGUGGUCCACCCCAGACCACCUGUCCAGAGAGAGAUCCCCAGAGAGGAGCCUGGGGUUCAAGGACCUCUACGACUGAACAGAUCUCCCUCAGGAGGAAAGACAACCCAACCUUCUCUCUAGUCCUCACCAUGCUAUGACGUCAUUCUUCAACUGAAACCCUGUGAUGUCAUGAUCCGCGUGAGGACCUCAGGUUCAGAACAACACUCCUAGACCGAAAAUAGAACAAGUGUUAUCUCAAAUGUAUGUUUUAUUAAAUUUCACAAAUGAACUGACA